GAUGAAACUAAUAAAAGAAACAACGUCGUAAAUUUGAACGUCGCACGACUAUUUUGUUCGGAAAAUGUAGAAGCAUUGGCUACAUUAAUAAUUAAAAGUUAUGCACCCUCAAACGAUCAAUAUCAAAUAAAUAAAAUCCGUGUAGAAAAUCUCUCCGAUUUUAAUGAAAAUUUACCCACAAGACAGUCAGAGUCAAUGCUUACUGAUCCAAAAUUUACAAUUUUAAAACCAGUCGUAGUUCUGGAAAAAUUAAACCCGCGUAAAAUCAAUAUUUCAAAAACUCUUAAACGAAAAGCGUCAACCGAGAUACCCGCGAAAAAAAUUACAGUUGACAAAAUAAAUGACAUAAAAUUAAAAAUGAACCCAGUUGUUAUUGUUAACAAAAUUGAAGAUGUUGUUUGCAAAAAACAAGUCGGUAGACCUAAAAAAGAACAACGGAAACCCGCGAAAAAAUUGACAGUUGAGAAAUUAAAUGACGUUAAAUUAAAAAUGAACCCAGUUGUCGUUUUAAACAAAAUUGAAAGUGUUGAUUGCAAAAAACAAAUCGGUAGAUCUAAAAAACAACAACGGGGACGUAAAACAACCAAACAAAAUGCGCAUUUAGAUGCAUCAAAAAAGUAUAACAAAAACAACCCAGCAGUAAAUAAAAACGCAGUUAAAAUUUAUACCGUAAAAAAACCGGAAAUCCAUCAAAAAGCCGUUGAAAUAUACACUGCCAAAAAACCGGAAAUCCAUCAAAAAGCCGUGAAAAUGUAUGCUACUAAGAAACCGGAAAUAAAUCAAAAGGCUGUGAAAAAUUAUACCGCUAAACAUCCGGAAAUAAAUACAGCUUCCGUUCAACGGUAUAAUACAACAAACAGAAACGUCGAACCUGAAUUACGAGGGUUAAAUUUAAUUGCCCAAAAACGCGAUGAAGAACUUAAUGUAAUUAAAUUGUUUUCGUUGAGAAAUUCAUCACUGUUAGGUCCUGAUAUAUACGUGUGUUCAAUCUGUCAAACUCGACUCUUUUUUGAAGAGAAAACUCGCACAAAAUGGUGCUGCGGACAAGGCGCCUACAAUGUCCAAAAUUUAGAACCCCUUACCGAGGAAUUUUAUAGCCAUACAUCGUUUUUAAAUAGACCGCGCGCUUACAACAACUUAUUCGCUUUCUCUGCGUUAGGCGUUUCUCAUGGAUACCAGCAACCUAACACCGGAAUAACAUUUUUAAAAAUUCAAGGUCGUAUUUAUCACAGAGUAUUCGAUUUAGGUUAUUCGGACAGUACUAAUCCUAUCGGAAUGUAUGUGCACGACGAUAAUGAAACUCGCGAACGACAAGCCCAAAAUUUAAAUCUAGAUAUGCAAGUGAUUCGUUCAAUAACAAAUUUUAUGCACAAUGUAAAUCCAUACAUUGAAUGUUUCAAACGGUUAAAUCGCGAAACAUCCGAAAAUGCUCACAUUAUUUUUGAACAAACGUCACGUAGCUCGCAUGGAAAUAUUCUAGGAGAUUUGCCGUUAGGCAGGGAAGUGGCCGCCAUUAUUAGAACAGAAGUAGAACAAUUCACUCCUCAUUGUAUCGCUAUUUGGAAAGAAGGUCACCAUCAGCGCCUCUUCAUGAAAUUGAAGCAUUAA